AUCUCUCCAUCUACAAACACAACAAAUCACUUGACCAACAUGUCGCUUGAAACCUUGACCACCAUCUCGCCCAGCACGAACGAAGGCAUCCUCACCCGCAGUGGCAUCUCCCAGGCUGACUUAGACAACCUCCCUAUCACCGCCACCACCGCUUUUGAAUCAUGGCGCAAGACGACUCUCGCCGAGAGGCAGGAGAUCGUCAAGAAGGCUCUCAAGUCUCUCGCCGACAAGAAGGAUGAUCUCGGUCAGGAGUUGACCGUCCAGAUGGGCCGUCCCAUUUCGUACACGCCUGGCGAAGUGACGACCGCCAUCAAGCGUGCCGACUACCUCCUCAAGAUUAGUGACGACGUUCUCAAGGACACAGACGGCGAGGCGGAGAAGGGGUUCAAGCGUUUCAUUCGCAAGGUUCCUGUGGGACCUAUUCUUGUCAUCUUUGCUUGGAACUACCCCUACCUCAUCUUGGUCAACUCGCUCAUUCCAGCGCUGCUGGCCGGAAACACGGUCAUCCUGAAGCCGUCGCCCCAGACCCCCACCAUCGUCGAGCAGGUCGCCAAGAGCUUCGAGGAGGCGGGUCUGCCCUCGGGCGUCCUGCAGUACUUCCACUCCGGUUCUCCGACGCAGAUUGAGACCAUUGUCCGCAACCCCCUCAUCAAGGCCGUCGCCUUCACAGGCUCUGUCGCCGGUGGUCUUGCCAUCCAGUCUGCAGCCUCAGACCGCAUUGUCAAUGUCGGCCUCGAGCUUGGCGGCAAGGAUCCCGCCUAUGUGCGUUCCGACGUCGACGUCGCCUGGGCAGCCGAGGAGAUUGUUGACGGUGCCAUUUUCAACUCGGGCCAGAGCUGCUGCUCGAUCGAGCGCGUAUACGUCCACGAGAGUGUGCACGAUGCCUUUGUCGAGGCGGCGCAGAAGGUCCUGGCGGGCUACAAGCUCGGUGAUCCCUUUGACAAGGCCACACAGGUCGGUCCCGUCAUCUCGAAGCGCUCAAAGGAGACGGUCGAGGCGCACAUCAAGGAUGCCCUGGACAAGGGCGCCAAGGAUGCGACGCCCGAGAACGAGUCGUUCGCCAAUCUGCCGCCCAAGGGCAACUUUGUCAAGCCGACGCUGCUGACGGGCGUGGACCACAGCAUGACGGUCAUGACGGAGGAGACGUUUGGCCCCGUGCUGCCUGUGCAGAAGGUGUCGAGUGACGAGGAGGCGGUCAAGCUGAUGAACGACAGCGAAUUUGGGCUCACGGCAAGCAUCUGGACCAAGGACACGGACAAGGGAUACGAACUGGCGGAGCACGUCGAGGCUGGUACUGUAUUCGUCAACAGGGCUGAUUACCCGAGUCCCGAUCUCGCUUGGACCGGAUGGAAGAACUCCGGCAAGGGCGUGACGCUCAGCCGGUUCGGGUUCGAGGCCUUUGUCAAGCUCAAGAGCUUCCAUCUGAAGGACUACCCGAAAUGAUGGUAAAAAAAAAAAAAAAAAACUCAGACAUGGGGCAUCGCCUUCAUGUUGGCCGCGACACGAAAGGAGGGGGAGAGAACACCGGCAGUUGUUAGAGAGGUCGUCACAGAGGCCAGGCCCAAGCCCCCUCGGCUAUCUCGAUAAACUAGGGGUCCGACCUGGAGAGACUCACUUCAGGGAACGACGUCGAGACCACGGAAGACUCCGAAGUCGUGAUUCAGAUGGCGAGUGUUUGUCUUGCCGGUGAUGGUCAAAACACACCAACGAUUUGCUUUUUCUUCGCUUAAAGUCCCUGCAUUAAUCCUCAUGACCCUGAUUUUUUUU